AUGGGCUCCAAGCGCAAGCGUUGCAUGGACGAUUCGCCUCUUUCCGUCUCGAGCUACACUUGGUCCACACCAGAGACUCAAUCGCCCAUCCCGUUUCCGCACGAUGCGAUGCAAAUGGACGUCGAUGCAUGCUCGCGAAACAAUGGCUGGGACUUUGCCAAUGCAAGCCGCGUGAAGAGCAGCGACUGGGGCAACCGCACGCGCAAGAGAUUCCGCGACAACCGCCCAGACGAGCGUUCAAUACAUGGUAUGUCAUCUGAUGCAUCUGAUAUUGGAAGAGAAAUCACCCUUCAGAAACUCUUCUCUGCACAACGCAACCACCCCGACGCCUCUCCCGUUCCGUCCGAACCCCUGCCAACCCAACAACCAACACUAGCACUCUCGAAGCCAGUACAGAAGUCGACACUGCAUUCGUUCUGGAAACAGCUUCCUGCGCCACCCGUCCAGCCCAUCUUCUCGCAACUCCACCAAGUCGAGCCUCAAUUGCCGUCAUGCGACGAUUGCGACUCGCCGCUUCAGAGCGCAAAUGGCAGCAUGAACGUCGACAUGGAUAUCGACAUGGGUGGCCCUGUGGAGAGCAGUCCUUUCGCAUGUAGUGACUGUGGCAAGAAUGUCUGCGGUACAUGUGCAGUGGUAUCGGCUAGCCGGCAUUGCCUGCAGUGUGCGACCAAGGGCAGGAACUCGGCACGAUGGUGGUAG